AUGGAAAUACUUGUUCGUCAAAGUUCUCCCGCUGUGAAUAUUCAGCAAACAAUUGCCAAAUUCAAAACUAUCCCUCUAGAUCUGGAAGAAGAGAGAAAAAUACAGGAAGAAAUAAAAAAGUGGAAGGACUAUGAAGCCGAUGUUGACCGACUGAAACAGGAAAUGACAGAUGUGAAAGAAAAUGUAACUGACGUGAAGAAAGACCUUGAACGUGUAAAGAAAAAUGUAACUGAUGUAAAGAAAGACCUUGAAGACGUAAAAGAAAAUGAUACUGCGGUGAAGAGAGCCCUUGAAGACAUAAAGGAAAAUGUAACUGAAGUGAAGAAAGACCUUGAAGAUAUGAAAGAAAAUGAUACUGCCGUUAAGAGAGACAUUGAAGACAUAAAGGAAAAUGUAACUGAAGUGAAGAAAGACCUUGAUGAGAUAAAAAGAGGGCAAGGGGCAGAGAAAAGUAACGAAACCGAUUCAUCAGUACAAACAGAGGAAAAAAAAUAUCAAAAUCACAAAAAGGGUAAGUUAAUUUUGCACAAUAAUCAUAUUUUGUAAAACAAUGCUCUUGAGUAACAGUCUGUCGUCAGUACAGUUCACUUUUCUCGGGAUGUUGGAGUUGUUUACAUCCUUGCAACAACAUCUUUGAGAUAUAGUGGCAUCGAAUCAAAUAGCAAGGGCGGCCACGGCCGUCCAAAUAAUUUGCCAGAUAACUAUGACUGGCGUUCGUUGCCAAAUUCCAGACAUGUAAAGUGUUCCUUUUAAACAUUACUUUUGAAAAUGCGAACUUGUAUGCCUACCAUUUUUAUUGUAUCCAUGCAUAGUUCGUAACAACUUACUUAACUUGGAAAACAACAACCAAUUUACAAGUUCGUAUUUUCGAUUGUAUAUUAUACGUAUGCAAGUUUGCACAUUUUAGAUAUCUUUCUGUACCUGACAUAUACACACGGAAUGUAAAACUCGAAUACAGAAAAUGUGGUCAGCUGUAUAAACCUGAAUGUAUAGCCGACAGGUCCAUUAUAAGGGUAAUUAUAGCCUCUGUACGCAAGUUUGAUAUAACAGUUUGUAAAAUUACAUAUAACAAUAUUUUAGCCUCUGUUGCGAGUGGGAUAUAACGGUAUUCACAGCUUCUGCAAGCAAAUUGGAUAAACGGUAUUUACUGCAUGUGUCAGCAACUUGGAUAUAACGUUAUUUACUGCCUCUGUCAGCAAGUGGGAUAUAACGGUAUAUACUGUCUCAGUCAGCCAAUGGGAUAUAACGGUUUUUACAGCCUCUGUUAGCCAGUGGGAUAUAACGGUGUAUACUGCCUUUGUCUGCCAGUGGGAUAUAACGGUGUAUACUGCCUCUGUCAGCGAGUGGGAUAUAACGGUAUAUACUGUAUCUGUUAGCCAUUGGGAUAUAACAGUAUUAACUGCCUCUGUCGGCAAGUGGGAGAUAAGGGUAUUUACA